CUCUGGGGAUCGCGCAUGCGCGAGAAAUCCGAUCAGCAGCCAGAAUAACCAACAAAGAGCCAGGAAACUCGUGUUUACCCCCCGUUUGACGUACAUAAUUGCGCGUAAAAUGUCAUGCAUCGUUCCUCAAAUGUCAUUUACGAAACGUGAUCGUGCGAGGGCCGGAGGAUCGUUCUGCGACUUCUCGUAAUUGUCAGGUAUCGACUGUUAAAAAUCACGAAAUGCGCGAAAAAACGCGGGCAAAGUCGCACGUUUGUAAAAACGCGUUCGCGUGACGUAAGUCGUAUGUUUGACAAGUGUAAAUAUUAGCGUGUAUACGAGAUACAGCCUCUGUGUCGACGUGUCGGUCCGUCUGUCAUCUUUGUUUAUCUCUCAAAAAAAAAAAAAAAAAAAAAUAUAUAUAUAUAUUUUUUUUUUUUUAAAUUACAAGGAUACAACCUCGGCAAGACCGGAUGACAUUACUCGAACCUGUAAAAUGGCAGACGUCAGGUUACUCCUUCAGGAAGAAGGACGUGCAGCCAGGAACUUGGUAGCAUUUAAUGUGCCUGUUGGUAAUGAUAAUAUAGAGAAAAUCACAAAGAAACCGCCCAGUGUGCCAAGGCAGGUUCAGUCAGGCACAACAAAGCGAUCUAUGAAACCAACUACGAGAGUGAGAUCUGCUUCUACAGGUCGUGACAAGAAAUCUGAAUUACAGGCACGAUACUGGGCAUUUCUAUUUGGAAAUUUGCAAAGAGCAGUCGACGGUAUUUAUCAAACAUGCGAGGAGGAUGAAAAUAUCUCCGAAUGUAAAGAAGUCAUUCUGGUGCUGGAAAAUUACACUCGGGACUUUCACAACUUAAUAGAAUGGUUUAAAGUCAAGUGGGCUUAUGAGAAUUCCUCGCCACCAUUGAGGCGAACACCUCUGGCGUGGGAGGUCAGGAAGACUUCUCCCUGUCGUAUGUGGAAUUCUACAAUAACUCCCAAAUGUACUAGUCCCUUGCAGAGAGUUAGUCCGACAGAAUUUGUUUGCAAGAGUCCAGUUGAGCAAACCAUAUGUGAAAAUAAAAUUGCAACGGAUAAUAAAGUUAAUCAUGUGAAGGAAGAAUUCGUCCAUAAACUAUUGAAGGAUAAUAAAAACAACGUUUGCAAGAAUUGUUCCUCUGAUAUCAAAGAGAAACGCAAGAACGGGAGUCAAACGGUGAACAAGGAAAAAUCCGCGUCGAGCAAAGCGCUGAAAGUAUUUGUGAAACAGACUGUGCAAUCGAAGGGGAAUAGUUUCGCGUGCGAUUCUAAAAAUAAGAUGGAUGUUAGGAAUAAUUCUAAACAAACUAAGGACUUGCACAGUAACGUUGCAAAGUUAACCGAUUCCAACUUAUCUGUGGAGAAGCGAGAACAGUAUAAAAGUGACAAAGAUAUUCAACCGUCUUCUUGUAGCAACUGCGAAGUUAGUAUGAAAGAUGGUAAGAUGGAGGGAAAAAAUAUGGACAGCAAAUUGUCGUGUGAUAAAAGUAACGUUGGAUUAGGAAAGCACGAAAUUAACGCCAAAGUUAAGAAAGACAGUAUUAAAAGGCGCGAAAACAGUCAUAUUAAUACUGAGAGAGUGAAUGUAAAAACACCCAUCGCUCAGAAUCCUUCAGAAAAAAUUAAUCCAGUUAAUUGUCAAGUAAAUAAACAUCCCCCCCAUGAAAUCGCUGAUAAAUCGAAUAAUAAGGAUAUCCGUAAUGCAUCAUCCGGCCCUGUAAUGAUGAAUGCAAAUAGACCUGCUUACUCGACUGUGUCGCAAACGAAAUCCAAAGCGCAACCGUCGACUUCGAGCGAAGCUCCAAAGUUUAUUAGAAGUAAGACUUGUUUAAGCGACAAGAAUUUACACGCUUCGAAUAAAACGAGGCCCGGGACGUCUGUUAUUGUGAGAGGACGAUUUCAAACUCCAGAAAACAAGUUAUCGGAACAAAACAUCUUAAAGAAAGAUCAAAAUAGAGACAUAAAUGGAUCGGUGGAAGUUUUAACCAAACCAACGGUACCUCCAAAGACAAAGGAUGAGAGCGAUGGCUGGCAGACAGUUAGGAACCGCUGUAGAAGAGGGAGCACCCACAACUUAAACAUGUCUACGCGCUUUCACAAACCAAGCACUGCUCUAUCCUUGCCAGCCUUGUCCAUAGAGAGUCCAUCGGAGAAGAUAAAGAAGACCAGUUACACUCCCGAUGGGAAUAACAAGCAGAGGAAGAAAUGCAUUGUGGGAAAAACUGGCAAGAACAUGAACAACGAGGUUGAGAAGGUGAAGGGAGAAUUUAUGACGUCUACGAUCAAGAGUAAUCUCGAAGAUACACUGAAGAAGAAUACUUUAAAUCUGUGCGACAAUUCAACGUCGGUGAUCGCAGCUAUAUUUAAGAACGACGCGGAGCUACUCGAGAAACGCAUUCAACAGUUCAUGGCUGCACAGGCGGAGAGGGAGAGAAUCAUUUUGGAGGAAGAGAGAAAGACGGAGGAAGCGGACUCCCAGAGAUCUCAGCAGCUGUCGGACGAAGAGGCGUCCUUGAAGCGACAAAUUAUGGAAUUGGAGUCCAGCGAGAUCGACGUCGACACGGAAACGGACGAGACGGAUGGCGAAAUGGUCCUUGAAAUGGAAGACGAGCCUACGGUGUCGCUCAGCAAUGUUACUGAUGACAUCAGCUUGGAGGAUAGGUACGAAAAUAUGUUGGAGGGAAUGUCUUGGGCCGAACGGGUCGACACUCUCGCGCAGUUGCGCGCUUUGGUGGCUCGUCAUCCGGGACGCGCCUUGGAAUUGCAUCAAAAACUGUCGUCUCCGUCGCGAAAGAGAUCCCUUCCCGAGACGUUGAGAAGGUACCAGGCGAAGCAGGCUUGCGCGCAGCACAAACGUCAAAAGUUGCUGAUGGAGAAGUCGCAACGAUUGCGAGAGCUCUUGAACAAAGUGGAGGAUGUCAAGAGCGCGAAGAAUCAAUUGAUAGAGGACAAACGGAUCAGGAUGGAGAUGAGGCUUAAAAGGGCGGAGGAAAAUAGGACGCAGCAUUUGUUGGAAAUUGUGAGGAAGGCGCACGACGAGGACUCGAAAUUGAAGGAGAUAGCUUUUAUCAAUGAACUGGAGGCGCAGAAUAAGAGGCACGAUUUUAUGGCGUUGUGCCAGGAGCAGGAGGAAAGAUUGCAGGGAAUUCAAGAGGAACGUCAACGUCGACAGGAGGAAAAAGCUGCUAAAGAAGCCGCAGCCGAAGAGCGUCGAAGAGCUUUGGAAGCGGAACGACAGCUAAGAAUACAAAAGAUGAAUCAAGCGCGACGAGAACGCGAGGAGAGAGUUGGUAAAAUGCAGCUUGAAAGAGAAAAAGAACGGCAGGAAUUAGCGAGGGAAAAGGCACGAGAUCGCGAAGAACGCUUAUCGGCGCUUCACGCGGCUCAACUGGCUAAUCAGGAAGAGCCAAAGAAGAUAGCGCAGAAGCAGCAGGAAUCCGCCAGACGACACGUGGAGAAUAUCGAGCACAUUCGGCAACGCGCCGUCGAAUCUUCAAUCUUGAGAUCGGAGGAAGUACCACCCACUCUAAAAUCUUAUCCCGCUCAGAAACAGUGUUCUCUAUGCGGCACGAUUAUAACUAACGAAGUACACCUUCUGAGCCACCUGAAAGGGAAGGCGCAUCUCGAAGCGGUGAGAAACGCGCACGACAACCGCGAGCCAUCGCGGGACGAGCUCCAACGUUUUAAUAUCGCCCAAAUACGAGACGUCCCGAUCACCGUCAUCAAUAACAACAACGCGAACAGCAGCAAGGCCGCGAAAGAGAAGCAGAAAGCGCUGAAGCGUCGAUGUAGGAAGAUUAAACAGCGCAUGACCUUGCGCGGACAGGAGUGGGAAGACAAAUGCAAGAACGAGAGUAAUCAGAAUCUAUCCGUCGAAUCGGCCAAUAAGGUCAAAUUUCGGCGCAAUCUGAAAGAGUUAGAUAGAUUGUACAACAAUCAUUCCAAAUCCGCGUGGUCGACUGUCGCACUCGCUGCCUUGGAACGUUUCUUGGGCGAAAUUGUUCGAGCCUUCUCCAAAUCUUGUUCAUUCGAUCAAGACGCCUUCAGAUGCUUGAAUGGAUUCGACACAUUGACUAACUUAUUAAAUCUAGGCUUAAAUGCACAAAAUACGUCGUAUAAUUUACCGAAUAAAGCACUUAUAUUAUUGUGUCGAGUCUACAAAGCGAGCAUCAGUGAAAACAUCGAGAAUAUAGAAGCCGUUUUGUUAAGCAACAAGAUUCUCAUGAUUUUGGAUCUACUCUUACAACGUCUCGAGACUCUGACUAGUCUCGACGACCACGCGCAGACCCAAGAUGUAUCCGCCAAUUCGACCGGAAAUGGAAUGGUCGCCGCCAGUGUGACGCAGUUGCUGUGCAGCCUGAUCCCCGAAGAGCCCUUUGAGAAAACGGUCUUGCAGACUCGCGUUCAAGAUAUUGCCGGAUACCUGGUAGCCGGCGGCUUAGUGGAUCGCGUGUCACGUCACAGCCGGGCCCUGAUCGAGGCGGAUUUCUUUCUGGAUCAGGAGCACGAGUCGCCGUUGCUGGUGUCGUCUUACGAUCUCGUCGCGCGUAUCUGCGGCCAUCUGAGACGGUCCGCCGAUCAAGAUAGUGUCAACGUGCACGGCGAGGGUGGCGGCAACAACAACAACGUCGAGCAGACGAGCAACGAGUCGCACUUGCUGUCGACCCUGUCGGCGAGCGAGGCCUCGGGUGCGAUCGGCGCCCUUUACGCGGCGGUCGCUUUUGCGCCGCAGAAUCAGAAGAGUGGCGCCUCGCCCACCCCCAAUCACACAUUCACCACCGCCGUGAGGACCCUGGCCAGUCGCGGUCUCAAGUUCCUCAAGUCGAUCGCGGAACUCGAUCUCCGGACGCUACAGAGCUUUCUGGGCGCCGAAGGUACGAGUCUGCAGUGGCGAUUGAUAGCGAGCCAUUUGAUAACCCGGCUGUCCCGCGAUUCUUUAUCGGAUAAAUUAGAAGUAGGAUCUAUGCCGGAUACGAGCGGCAUCCACAUUCUCUCGGAGCUUUUUAUGGUGCUUGGCUACUUCGCUCUGAACAAUCCAGACAAUCAGCUGGUUCUCCAAUCAGCUGGCGCGGGUCCUAGUGUUCUUCAGCAAUUAUGCACUCUGCCGUUUCCUUUUUACGGGGAUCCGAGAUUGUUACCGUACACUUUGCCGGCACUUCUGGCCGCCACGCAUAAUAAUUCCGAGGCAAUGGCAAUAUUGUCUUGCGAAAUGUCAUACGAGUUGCUGGAGCAAUACAGAAAUUCAGACGAGGGAAAAUUGAAUCCUUUGGUGCGUUUGCUGAAGGAUAACGCCUAGAAGAGUCUGCCUCGCGCUCCAAAAGGUAAUAUGUCGAACGCGAUUCUUCGAGUCCAGGAAUAAAACUCAAUUCGCGCGGAGACAAAGUUAAAUUUACUCGGAAGUUGAGGCGAACGAAUAAAAAAAUAGCACGUAAGUUAAUUUAAACCGGCGCUUCCCAAACCAUCUCGGUUCAGUCUAUUUACGGCUGCUGAGACACGCAUGAUAAUUUUCCGUUUUACAUAGAUUUGUAAUCUGUGUGCUUCAUUCAACACAGAAGAUCCUAGAAUUACUGAAUUUUGUAAUUUUAUGAAUACAUUUAUGGAUUA